AUGAAGGAGGAUGUGUCAACAAAAGUGGAGGAUAGAGUAUCCAAAGAAGAAGAAGAAGAAGAAGAAGUAGAGGACCUUGAAGGUGUGGUGGAGGAAGGAGAAGAAGAAGAAGAGGAAAACAGGGAAAUCGAUUAUAUUUAUACCCUGAGGGUUGCGCGCAAGAUCACACACCAGAGAUCACACACAAGAUCAAGAUCACCUUUUGAAUCGGCUAAUGGCAAGCAAGCGAUCUAA